GGCAGGCGGCGGAGCGAGCCGCGCGGGGGCGCGGGCGGCCGGGGGCGCGCGGCAGAGGGACGAACCCGAGGGGCCCCCUCCAGCCUGCCCCCCGCCUCCUUCGCUCCCUCCAGCUCGUGGCCUUCCCCCUCGGACACGGCCCCCAGCGGCGGUCCUGUCCAGCAAGACAUCUCUGCCUCCUCUCACCUGCCUUAGGAUGGAGCUCAGAGGACAACUCAUCAGCUCCCCAAGCUACAACUGUCCAGGACUGCCCCUGGAAGAGAGCCCCCCAGUUAAGGUGGAGAGACUUCGGGCCCUGCUGGAACGGCAGCGGGGCCUACAGGAAACCCUAAGUCUAAAGCUUCGAGAACUCCGAAGGGUCUGCCUACAGGAGGCGGAGCUGACAGGCCGCCUUCCUGUUGAAUACCCCCUGGAGCCUGGGGAGCAGCCUCAUCCCAUCCGGCGCAGGGCUGCCCCUAUGCCCCUGCAACCCCGAGGAGUCUGCACCUCUGGGGCACUAGCACUGGAAACGCUUGAGAGAGAGGUAUCGGUUCAGAGGCAGAUUGCUGCAGCCGCCAGACGCCUUGCGCUAGCCCCAGAGCUGAGUGUGGAGCAGCGGCGGCGGCGGCGGCAGGUCCAGGCAGAUGCAUCACAGAGACUCCUUGAACUAGAGGAGCAGCUGAGGGCCAGCCGGGCUCUUCUGGGCCUGCCGCUUACCAUGCCGCCAGGCCAUGGUGGUCCUGGACUUCCUGGCCUCCGAACCCGGGUAGCUCAGCUUAGCCAAGAUGAUGCCUCCCGCUCAGAGAGCAGCUCUCUCUCAGAGUCGAUGAGCCACGAGAAUGAGGAUCCCCACAGUGAGCGGCCCGCACUCCCAAAGGCCCGGGACCAGUUGCGAGCUUCAGUGUCAGCGGGAGGCAGCCCUGAGCGUCGCCCGCCAUGGAAGGCAAUGCCCCCUCUGCCAGCUGCUGAGCUCUAUGGAGACCUGAAGAGCCGGAGGAACUCUGUGGCCAGCCCCACCAGCCCCACCAGGACCCUUCCCAGAAGUAUAUCAAGCUUUGAGGGCAGAAGCGUUCCUGCCACACCUGUCCUGGCCCGGGGCCCUGCGCCCCAGCUCUGUAGGCUGGAGGGCCUUCACUCCCGCCAAUGGUCUGGCAGCCAGGACUCUCAGAUGGGCUUCCCACACACAGAUGGGCCUUGGGAGCGCGCCUUCCUCGUCUCUGGCCGAACCCGCCGGAGCAACAGUUCUGAGGCCCUGUUGGUCGACCGAGGUGCUGGGAUCUCCGGCUUUGCCUGUGCCCGCCUGCCCCCAGAAGGCCCACCAGUGUCCCCGCCCUGCAAAAGCAAUGAGAGUAUUUUUGAGCGACCAGCCCCAGUGCCCCCCCCAGCCUUCUCUUCUCGAACAGCUGGGCCUCCGGACCCUCCCCGGGCUGCUCCACGGGGGCGGCCCCUGCCAGCCUCUGGUGACCUGCUACUUGAUUACUACUUGACCCGGGGUGGACAGUGCUGGCCUGAGGGCCCAGGCCACCUUUCCUGCAGGGACGGUCUCUUUGUCUUCUUUCCCCCAGCUCCCUCAGCACUUCAAGGGGAUAGUGGAGGUGGCAUUGGCAGCCCCCUCCUUCAAGCCAAGGACCCAGCAGCACCUCACGGAGGCCCUGGGCGUGGGCUGACCAGUCGCGCUAAGUCUGAUGAUGGGGGCCCGCUGCCUGGUUCCUUCUGGGCAGGCCCUGGGCCAACCCGUUACCACAGCCAGCCAGAGCAGUCAGGUGCUGACCCCCGGAGUGGGCACAAGGCUCUGGCCCUAGAGGGCCUCCGAGACUGGUACAUUCGAAACGUGGGCUCAACAGGAGGGGGUGCUGUGGCGGGCCUUCACCCCUCGGCCCGGGGCCUCCUUCCAGAGGGCCAGGCCCUGCAUCCUUCUCCAUUCUCCUGGCCUCACUCUAGCACCCCCCAAGGCCUCCUGCUGCACACUGCCCAUGGCACUGAGGCUAGCCCUGAGCCAUACUUGGGCUAUGCUGGAGUGGCCCUGCCCUCAGCAGCGGCGGCGGCAGCGACAGCCCUACCUCACUCCCUCAGCUUCACAGCACCUCCUGUCUCUGGCAGACACUAUACAGACUUCCUGUACCCCCCAGAGCUGAGCUCCCACUUAAGUGACCUGGCAUUGGAAGGGGAUCGGCCCCUGGACUCAGAUCCUCGAACCCCAGGGACGUUGGUCUGACCCUCCUCACCCUGGAGAGACUGGUCUGACAUCCCAGUAAUCCCAGCUCCCCCUGGGGAUGCUAGUCUGGAUUCCUAAUGGACCCUCAGGAUGCUAGCAUCAUGUCUUUGUGAACCUUCCCCUGCACGGCCCCCCAGGGAUGCUGCUUUGACACCCUCUGCCCUCUUACCCAGCCCUUUGCUUCCUAAACACCAUCCCUCCCAAGCCCCUGCUACGCACCCAUUUCUCAUCUGCUGUGAGUUGGGAAGCGGCCUAAGUACGGCGCAGGGCCCCUCCCUCUCUUUUCUGCCUGCUAUGAGGAAGCAAGAGAGCCCCCAACUACGUGGAUGCUGAUGUGCUCUGACCUCCCCCUCCCUCUGCCCACAUGAGGAGGGGGCAUGGGGCUUCUGGGGAGGGGGCGUGGGCUGGAUGCCAGUGUGGCAUCUAACCCAUUGCCCUGUCUGCUGUCGUUGACAUCAGGCCUCCAGAUGGAAGCAAGUGCCAGGCUCAGCCACCUAGGUGUGGGGGAACGGGGGUAGUGUGCGCCUCUGGAAACGGAGGAUUUCUCUCCAAGGCGAGCUGUGCUCAGUCUUCCAGUCUUCAUAUCUGUUCCUCUUGGGUGUCGGGCAGAAGGCUCAGCAGCCAUCAGGAGUCCCCUGCUUAUUGGCUGUGAAGAUACUGGGCAGGGGGGAGGUGGGGAAGCUCAUUAGCUGGGGAGAAGCAGCCACCCUGUCCCCCAUCAGGAGCCCCCCACCCCAGAGUAAAGACUCUAUGUUCCAGUGGUGGCAGCAAUGAGGCGAGACCCUCCUGUGCCUCAUCUCCUGAAGAUGAACGGUGUGGAGGGGCCUCUCGGCCUCUCCGAGCCACACGAAGACUCAUUGCCCCUUUCUCCUGUCUCACUGUUGUGUUGUCUGUCUGGAUGGCCCUGCUCCCCAGGAGAUGGAAGGAGAUGCUUUCUUUUUUUGGAGGGGGGAGUACAAAUGGCCCCCUGGGGUGGACACCCCCCCCCCAGCCUCUGGCGGCUGGCGUCAACACUGGAACACUAGGGGUUUCUAUAAUAAACAGGUGAAUGGUACUGG